AUCCAAACGCGACUUCUUCUGGAGUCUGCUAUAAAAGACGCAUAAGACUUCAAUUUUCACUGAUUAGCUUUCUCUGUAUUCAUAAUCACCCACUACCUUCUCUCUCUUCUCAAUCAGAUCAGGUCUGAUCAUUCCAAUCCAGUUACUCAAAUCUUGUUCUCUGUGUCACGUUUGCUGCAUCAACCAAGUUUCAUGUCUGAUCUUGAUAUCCAGAUUCCCACUACUUUUGAUCCUUUUACUGAUGCAAAUGCUGAUAACUCUAGCACUGGGUCAAAGGAUUACGUACACAUUCGAGUACAGCAGCGGAAUGGUCGGAAAAGCCUGACAACUGUGCAGGGAUUGAAGAAGGAGUUUAGCUACAACAAAAUCUUGAAGGAUCUUAAGAAGGAGUUUUGCUGCAAUGGAACUGUUGUCCAGGAUCCAGAACUAGGCCAGGUUAUUCAACUCCAAGGUGAUCAGCGAAAGAACGUCUCUACUUUUCUUGUUCAGGCUGGAAUUGUGAAGAAGGACUAUAUCAAGAUUCAUGGUUUCUAAGCUGCAGCGUCCAUCCAUCCUUAUGACCUAUUAUGAUAUGUGAAGUUUUAUAAGUGAACUUUGUUGUAUGCUCAACUUCUUUAUAUAGUCGUUGUUACGUUAUAAGUGUCAUGUGUUGUGUUGAAUUAACUUUUCCGAUUGCUUAUGGAUUAAAGGAACAAAUGCAUUGUCUUUUUGAAUAGCAUAUUCUUCAUUUCUUUUCCUGUUUC